AUGGAGUCUUUGAAAAUGUUAACCGACUUUGUGAUCGCGAUUUUAACGGUGGGAUUUUUUGUCUUAAUAGGUAUUAGAUUCGAAUGUUCAUAUUGUUUCUUCUUAUCGUCCUUGUAUCAUCCGAAAUUCUGUUUUAAAAUCGCUCAUACAACUCUUCGUCUCAUAAUAUUAGCAUGGUUUCUAUUGUGGAAAUUUAUUUUAAGUCAAAUAAAUCUCGUCCGUGAACUUGCCGGUCUUCCAAAACUUUCCAAACCUUCCUCUCAACAGUCAAAACAAAGGAAACGUCAAUCGAUACAUUCAUAUCCCGAUUCACCAGUAUACCAACAUGACAGUAGGCGAAAUUCUUCAUAUUCGCAAAAUAGUAGGCGCGAAUCUUUUGCUUCGCAACGUUCGCAACGGUACAAACCACGACGUUCAUCAUCCACCUCUUCAAGAUCAUCUCGUGAUCAAGCCAGGAUGCCAACCUCGCCUGCAUCACCCACAUCACCUACUUUACUCUCGAAUAGGUCAUCUUUAAGCAGCUCAAAUGUUUCUGUCAUCAAUGAUCAUUAUUUUUCCGAGAGUGUUCCGAUGCACCGAAAAUUCAGCUCCUCCUCAGCGUCAACAACUUUAAAUGAGGAUAACGAAUCAUGUAAUAGAAGUUUUAGUAGUAAAUCUCAAAAGGAAGGAAACAUUCUACUUUUUAAAGAAGAUUAUAUCUAA